AGUUUGGCUCUCUCAGUUAAGAUUCUGAAAAUGAAAGCUAAUAACAUCAGUCUGAUCUUAUUGGUCUGUAUACUUGUUUGCAUUAAUCUAGGGGGUUGCUUAGGUGGUAGCCUGAGGAAAAAUUUCUACAAGAAAACAUGUCCUCGAGCAGAGCAGAUUGUCAAGGACGCCACUUGGAACCACGUCUCCGCCAAUCCCAACUUGCCAGCAAAGUUACUGAGGAUGCAUUUCCAUGACUGUUUUGUUAGGGGAUGUGACGCCUCGGUUUUGUUGAGCUCAACAGCAAAUAACACUGCAGAGAGGGAUUCGUUUCCAAACUUGUCUUUGAAGGGUUUUGAUGUUAUUGAUGAUAUAAAAGAACAGUUGGAGAAGGCAUGCCCAGGAGUUGUAUCUUGUGCUGAUAUCCUCGCGUUGGCGACUAGGGAUUCUGUGUCAUUCCAAUUCAAGAAAUCACAAUGGGAUGUUCUUACUGGUAGACGAGAUGGCAAUGUGUCGAUAGCAAAUGAGGUCUCAGGCAACCUUCCAAGUCCUUUCUUCAACUUCGCCCAACUCAAACAAAGUUUUGCAAAUAAAGGUCUCACUGUGCAAGAUCUUGUGGUACUGUCAGGUGCACACAGCAUUGGCGUUGGGCAUUGCAAUUUAUUCAGCAAACGGCUCUACAACUUCACCGGAAAAGGAGAUCAAGACCCGUCUAUGGACUCCACAUACGCUGCCUUGUUGAAGACUCAAUGCCAAGGCCCUGGUGACAGAACCACAACUGUAGAAUUAGACCCUGGAAGCUUCCAGAACUUUGACAAUAGUUUCUACACAAUCCUUAAGCAGAAGAAGGGUCUCUUCCAAUCCGACGCUGCGCUUCUCACAAACAAAGUGUCAAGCAAUGCAGUCCAGAAAUUGCUCAAGGGAAAUGAUUUCUUCACGGAGUUUGGUCAGUCUAUGAAGAGGAUGGGAGCAAUUGGAGUCCUUACAGGCACAUCUGGGCAGAUUAGGACGCAGUGUGGGUUUGUAAAUUCCAACUAA